AGUUGGGUGGGUGAUCAAGUGACUUUCUGUUUAGGUUUUAUAAAACCAUUUGUUAUGCGUUUACUAUACCUACCUACUGAGUUGUGGUUGAAACUUUGAAGAAACGCGAUUCCGCUCUUGAGUACCUAUUUCAAGUAAGUUACAAAUUAUUAUUAACAAACCCAAUAUAAAUGUUAUUUUUUUUUCUAAAAUAUUUGCCUGUAUACUUAAUUAGUUUAGUGUUUAUACCUAUAACGAGUCUGUUUUAAAAACCUCUUGGAAUAGAACAGAGUACAUAUGACAAGUGUGUAAAAGUAUGAAGUAUAGUCAGUAUAGGUUAGUAAUAGAUAUGUAUAUAAUAUAAAGCCUUUAAAUGAAUUUUUCCCGUAAAUAGAGACCAUUGUGUAAUAUUAUAUUAUAUAUUGAUGGUGUUUUGUUAAAAGGGCGUAUACCACUAAAAAUCGAAAAAUAUGUGGUUGGUAUCAAAAAUAUCAGAAAAAUUAAGAGCAUAGACUGGUAAAAGAGCGUAUUUAAACACAGAAAAUUAAGUUGGUAAUUUAUUUAUUUAUUUAAUUACAUACAAAUUAACAUGUUAUACAUGCCUCAGGCUUUUAAGUAAGGCUUUUAGAUAAUGUCGACUAAACGAUAUCCAGGCGUUCUUUUAAAAUAUAAUUAAAUCAACAAUGAUUCGUUAAAAGGGUGUGCAUUUUGUGUACAAGGUAUUAUGAGUACGAUUAACUUUAUUGUUUUCUAUGAUUAACUUCAUUAAAAACUGUUUUGCUGUUUCUUUACAAAACAGUUUUUUUUGAUCCCUGAAAAAAUAUGUAUUAGUGGUAUGCUCCAUUUUAACAAAAUUCCGUCGAUAUAUUAUUUUUCAAUACCAUUAAACAUUUCUAAUGACUUUCGCACUGAAACAAAAAAGCAAAAAUUUGAGAAUUAAAGUUGUUUUAUAAGUGAUAAAAGUAUGGUUCAAUUUCAAUAUGAAUUUAAUCAUGCUGUUACGUUAUGGAAGAGGGUGUUUUUUAAUUUGAUCCCAAAUUAAGUUAUGGAAAUGAAAUUGUAUAUAAGUGCAUGCCAUUAGUAUCCAAGAUGUCUCUUUUGGGAGUUUUAACUUUCAAUUCCCAGCCUUACCAUUUUUAUUAUAUUAUUCAAAUUUCAUUUUCAUGGAAGUAAUAAAUUGUAGUACCUAUAGUAUAGUGUUGUGUAAUAUUAUAUAUUGUUUUGUAAAAAUCUAUAAUACAAAAUAUAGGGGAGAGGGGAAAUUCACCUCUAGUGACGGAGGUUUGUUGAUAUAAGCGUUUACAUUUCAGAUUUAGAUAAAAAUCACUGUAUUUCGUGUACUAUUUUUAGAUUUAUGUAAAAAAAAAUGUUUGGCUCAAUAAAAAUGUUCUUAAUAUUAUUUGAAUAAACACUGCCAAUUAUAAUUUAUUUUAUAGUUAGAAAUUAAUUACAAUUUUCAAUUUACGUUUAACAAAUCACGAUGUUAACCGAGCUAUGUGUCCUACCUCCCCAACUUCUGAUAUAAAACAAUGGCACUCCCAUUUGCAUCAGCUUUUUUUUUUAUUGAACUAAUUUUGUUUCAAAAAGUAACGAUUUUACAUUUGUAAAAUUUGUAUAAUACGCUUCACUACAUUUAAUAAUACCUAUAUAAGUAGGUCUGUUCCAAAUAUGAACACGGAUUUAAAUCGAACGUACAAUUUUAUGUAUGGAAUGAUUUUUUUUUUUAUUUUAGACCGUGAAAGCAGGUAAGAUGCAAAUGCUUCAAGAUGUCAAUUAUUUUUUUGAACGACCUGAUAUACUUGGCUUUCAAGUCACGGGAUCUGAUUUAAUUGUUAAUGUAGUUAUUUUCUCUCUUAUAAUAUCGUGGUGUGUCUAUAUAUGGAACCGUAGACACUACGAAAAAUUGGCCUCGAAAAUUCCGGGUCCUCCAGCAUACCCAAUUGUAGGUUCGAUGCUUCAGUUCAUUGGCAAGCCAAGAUGUAAGGAGUACAAAUCGCAUUACUCAAACCAUUAUAUUACAUAAUAAUAAGACAAAUUUUUGUGUUAUAACUUGUAGAUAUCAUAAAACAAAUUAAUAAAUUGAUCGAUACCUAUGGCGGCGAACCGUUUAAAUUAUGGUUUUGUGGAUGUUUAACGGUCGUCAUUUCUAAGCCAGAGGACGUUCAGGUAAUUAUAGUAUGAUUAAUUGUUAUUUAUUAAUUAUUUAAUGAACUCGACUGAAAUACUAAAUAUUUCAGUAAUAAUUAUACUUUAAUUCAUAAUUCAACGUUAUAAUAUAUGAUUAUUGUAGUAUGUCACAAUUUACUUACGUAUAAUAAAUUGUGCAUCUGAAUUUGUUACAGAUUAUUUUAAAUAGUUCUAAAGCCCUGCAAAAAAGCUUUUUGUUCAAUUUUGGUAAAUUGCUUUUGGGUGAUGGCUUAUUUACAGCACCAGGUUAGUAUAUACUUACAUAAUAUACAUAUAUGUGUGUGUUUAUUAUCAACAGUUAUUAACAAAUAAGAGGGGAGGCGGGUGUAUUCAUCUAAAAUUUAGACAAUCCGAAUCAAGAAAGAACUAAGUAUUCAUAAGUUAUUAAAUAAAUAUUAUGAAGGUCCCCCCGUCGAAAAAAAAUAUUUGAGCUAUUUAUACCUAUUAAGGUUUUCUAUAUAACUGGAUAUUUUGUUCAUAAAAAUCAAUUCACGUUGAAUUUGUAACGUUUUUGAUUCUGGCACCUAUUAAAAAGAACAAAAUUGUGUAUUCCACACAAUAUGUUUACAUUUAUUUACAAUUAAAAAUAACAAAACAAUAUUACACAUUAAACUACCUAAUAAUUAUUAUUUUAUUGUUGCAACAUUUUCAUAAGGAAGGAAUAUAAAUAUAAUAGGCUAAUGUAAGUUCCCACACGAGAUAUUGCAAAUAAAAAUCAUCCAUGGGUGUGCAUACGUAUGUUCCGACUCAAUAAAUAUUACAUCACUACUGAAGGUAACGAAUAAAAAUUAAAACGCAUAUUAUUUCCUUCCUACUUACUAAACAUAUAAGAAAUUUGGUCCGUUUUUAGUGUUAACUGUGUUAGUAUAAUCGACAAGUAAGUAAUGAAUUCAACAAAACGGAUUGUCCAUAAUCUUUAUUAUAGAUAAUAAUUUAGGUACAGGUUAUAAAUAGUACAAGCAGUACAGUACAGAAAGUGAUGCAUCCAAUUUUGCGAAACUCUGGUUCUGUAUAAUAAUGAUUUAUUAUUAUUAUUUAUUCAUAUUGGUUUAAUUAAACAUUAAACAUUAAAUAUACAAGUCCCAUUUGUUUGGUUUAAUUUCGCAUACAUUCAAAUUCUGAUUUUUGGAAUUUGUAAUAUAAUUAGAGCCGAUAUUUCGAAUACUUAGAUUUUUCACAACAUUAAAUAUUAUGCAAAAUUUAACCAAAAAAAUGUUUAAUCAAUCACCCUGUAUAUAAAGACAAUGGAACUAAAUAAUAAAUAAUAAUGAAGAAAACGAAUAUUUUUAUUGAUUCGAGUACUAAACUGAUUUGCAACAAACAAGUGUUGAAAACAAUAAUCCUUUUUUAACGAUUACAGUAGAUAAAUGGCGAAUACAUCGUCGUAUGUUGUCUCCCGCAUUUAAAACGGAAAAUCUGAGGAAAAUGUUUUUCCCUGUUAUUGUUGAGAACUCCGAAGCUCUCAUAAGGGAUUUAAAGAAGCAACUAAAUGAAACACAACCUUUUAAUCUUUUAGAUUAUGUAUCGGAUACAACUUUUAGGACAAUUUAUCGUAAGUAUAUUUAACUGUACAAAACAUAAUAUUAUGUUAUAUAGUCAUAGUCAUAGUUAUAUAAUUAUUAUAGUCCAAUUAAUGAACUGCAGUAUAUGUUUCAUUUAUUAUUAUUUUUUAAAGAAACUACACUAGGCUGUAAUUUUGAUAUUGAGCCAAAAGUUGAAGCCGAAUUCAAAAAGUUGUUCGAUAGGUAAAAUACAAAUUUCUUUUAAAUGCAUAGAAAAUCAAAUUAUGUUUAGUACUUAAAUUAUUUUUAGGGCGGUAGAAUUGAUAUCUGAGAGAUUGUUCAAACCUUGGUUGUAUCCCGAUUUCAUAUAUUCAAUUUACAGCAAAUUUACAGGACAACAAAACGUCUAUAAAAAUGCGCAAAAACUACCGAAUUAUGUAAGUAUUAUUACGUUAUGACUGGUGCGAUCCAGACUUUAGCUGUGUGUGUCUAAUACGACUAUACUAGAUAUCAUUUAAUCGUAAUUUGUUCAUUUAUUGUGUAAUUAUCAGAAUAUAUGGUAUCGUUUUUAUGUUAAACGUGUAUAGAUGAUCGACGAAAUGAAAAAAAUGUACGCGGAAAAUAAAACUACUAAAAAAGCCAAUAUUAACUGCACAGCAGACGUUACUGUAGAUGACGAAAGUGAGUGAGAUUUUUGAGACUAGUGUAGGUACCUAAAAAUAAACUGAUACUAAAACAUGUUUUAUAAUAUAUAGUUUGCACAUUCCUAUACAAACUCUAUUUGUAUAGAGUAAUAAAUAUAAAAUAAUAAUAAAACAAAGAUACAGAUAUACUUUGCACGAUAAGUGUGCCACUGUUUUAGAUGAGGAGUUUAAAAGGUAGGAUAUAGGGGGGAAUUCAAUGUAUCUGAACGUAACGAUUCAUUUUGAUAGCGAAAAACGAUUUUAAGUGGAGUUCGGUUACAUAUAGGUAUGUUUUAAAAAACCGUAAUAUUUACGAUUUGAAAAUAUUACAUUUCGUAAAUUUUUUCGUUUUUUCCAUUUAUUAUGAUAAACCCUUGGGAAAAUCAAAAAAUUACAUGCUUAAAAUACAACUCCAGUUAAGUUUCCUUUUAUAAAAAGUGCUACACUUGAAACAUAGCCGUGCGCACGGGGCGAGCCGGGCGAGCAUCGGCUCGACCGGAACUUUUUUGGGGGCAUAGUAAAAUUUAAACUUACCAUAGUGAAAUGUUUGUAUAUAUUUUAAUAUGUUCGUGGAAAUCAUUAAAUUUGUAUUUUUCGUGAUUGUGAAAUAUAAUUUAAAAUAUUUGUGUGUACCUAUCAUUACAUCAAUUUUAUUAUCAAAAAUAUUCUGUACGAAAUAUUAUGUGGGUACUAUGACUAUAAUAGUUGGUUAUUAUAACGAAUUUAAAAUGAUGGAAAAUAGGAGAAUUAAUUUAUAAUUGUAUUUAAAUUGUAGUUAAUACAUAAUUACACAUUUAUACAUUAUAUAUGCUUCAUGUAUUAAUUUAAUAUCUAUAUAGAAUUUUUGUUUAUUAAACCAAGCUUUUUUUUAAAUGUUGGGUAAUGUGUUUUGUCUAAGUAUUGGGGCACUAAUUGUAUCCAGGCUCGACCGGAAGUUGAAGUCAGCGCACGCCUAUGACUUGAAAUUCGGAGCAAAAUUGCUGGUAGAAAAGUUGUUCACAGAUAAAAAAAAAAUAAUACUAAACAUCAUAGUGAAACCAAUACAUUCUUUGCUCUGCUCAGAAUCUAAAAUGUAAUUAGUAAUUACUAAUUUGUAUUACAUUUUUGUAAUUUUUGAUAUUUAUGUUAUUGAUCUUAUUUUUGGCUUAUCGGCUUUUUACGUGGCCAGAUACUCCACGGGGCAGGGACUUUAGAAUACCCGGCACCAUGAUUAUAAGUAAUAAUUAUCAUACAAUAAUAAUUUACCAUCAUAUGUUGUUUAUUGUUAAUUUGUUAAGUGAUAACUGCUUUAGUAAUGCUUAUAAGUUAUAAGUUAUAAUUACAUAUUCCCACAUUACACGCCACUGUUGAAGACCGUGAUGUACGUAAUAAUUUUAUCGGCUCUUAAUUAUAUUGUUUAGAAAAAAAAUUGAAAGUAUAUAUGGACAUAUUAAUGGAAUUAAACGAAUCCGGUAAUCAUAAAUUGUCCGACGAAGAUUUUAAAUCUGAAGUUAUAACUAUAUUAGGCGCUGUAAGUUUUUUUUCACAAUAUAUAAACCAUUUAAAUAUUUAAAUACGAGUAUUAUGUACACUUACUAUACAAAACUUGAGAUGUCUAAUCGCAGUUGUUUAAACAUUAAAAAAAUAUUAUUUACAGGGCAUUGAAACUACUAGUUCAACAAUAUGUUUUUGUAUUUUAUUGUUAGCCAUUCACCAAGAUAUCCAAGUAAUUAUAUCAAAUCAUAUUUAUAUUGUAAUUAAUAGUUGUCAAAAUAUUUUAAAUUUUUGGAUUAGCCGUCAAGAGAUGUUAAUAAAGUUUUUACAAUUUUACUAUUGAAUCAAAAUGCGAUUUAUAAUCAAUCGCACAGACAUUUAAACAGGUACAUAAACAACUAAAAUUUAUUUUAUUGUUGAUAUUAUAAUUUUAGGACAAGGUUUACGAUGAAAUUUAUAAAAUAUUAGGCGACAACAAAACAAUUACAUUUGAAGACACGGCCAAUUUCGUUUAUUUGAAACAAGUUAUACAAGAAACUCUUCGGUUAUUUCCCCUGACACUGGCAUUUAUGAAAGAAAUUCAAGAUGAUAUUAAAAUUUGUAAGUAAAUAAUACGAUUUUCACUAAAAUUACACAUUCAUUUAUUUGUUUUGUUUCAGUUUCUGGUAAUUACGUAUUGCCAAAAGGUACAACGUGUUUAAUAUGUCCUUUAGCCAUUCAUUAUCUUCCUACUUUGUACCCCAAUCCUCGAUCUUUUAAUCCAGGCAACUUCGAUUCAGAAAAUAUCGCGAAACGCAAUAAAUAUAGUUUUAUAGCUUUUGGCGGAGGCAAAAGAAAUUGUAUAGGUAAAAAUACUAUUUAAAAUCUUCAAAACCACUUCAUGGACCCUGCUAUCCUACCUAUUUAACUCACUUGAUUACAGGAGAAAAGUUUGCCAUGUUGAACAUGAUAGUUUUCAUAGCAACAUUUUUACGAAAUUAUAGUGUGCACACUGAUAUUAAAUUCAACGACAUUAAAUUAAAAAUUCGUGUGAUUAUGACAAGUAAGAGCGGUUAUCCUGUGACUAUCCGGCCGAGACACCAGAAAUAACCAUGAAGUAACUUAUUAAUGUGAAAUAAUUUGGUACCUAUCUAAACGAAAAUCUGAAAUAACUUUUGUUGUAUUCAAUAUUUAUUAAUUUUUUAAAUAAUUAGUAUGCCAACUAAUUUAACAAAAUUGCUGAUGCUUUUAUUAAAUAAAAAAACAAACAUAUAUUUUAUAUUAAAAUUUAAAAUCGAAUCAUAAAAACUAUAAAAUAAGAAAGUUAAUCAUUUGUAAGCAAAUAAUAUUUUAAAACAAGAGCUGUAAGUUGUGUUUUUGCAAACCAAAUUUUUUAAUUACUUUUUCGACAAAUUUUGUGUCAUGUUGAAUUUUUUAAUUAUGAACACUGAGCAUACAUAAUCCAUCCAAUCCAUGUUCUUCCAUUGUACUCCUAGUCCAAGUUUAAACAUGUCUUAAGGUGCUCAACUGUACAUAAUUAUGAUUAUCUACUAUUUAUAAUUUAUUCAUGAUUUUAAACGUUUUAAAAUUAUCAUAUUAUAUAUUUUUUCUCUUUUUUAUAUCAUUGAUAUGUUUAUUUUAUUGCACUUUGCAAAUAUUGCUUGUUGGAGAAUUAAUAAUUUAAUGAUCUCUCCAUUGUGCAUGGUUGGAAGCGUGUAGGUGGAAGCGUUAAAGAGAUAAUUAAGCAUUUUUUUACUAAAGGAAAAAAAUCACAUUCGUUUUUAAUAAACCGAAAAUUUCAAAUAAUUAUACAUAAAUAUCUUAAAUAAUACCGGAAUAUUUUGAGAAAUAUACCCGAGUACCUAUUGUAAACAUACUAUAGCCCCAAUAAAAAUAACUAUUCUCCUAAGAUAAGUUUUUGAACAGCUAAAACACGUGUGUACCAUCUUUGUA